AUGUAUGCAAUGUACAUAACCAAUACAACCAAGAACGUUGAGCAACAGGAUGAAGAUGGAGUGAUUACGCAGACUACACAGACUACAAGAGCAACAACCACAGGUGUAGAACAACUAGGUUCUUGGACCAAUAAUGUAGUGAUAGUUCUUCUUCAAUUGAUGAUAGAAAGAAAUUUUCACUCAAAAUAUCAGACAUCUGAUAACACUAGAAAGAACAGAUUGUGGCCAACCCUUCACAAUUUAUUUUGCAGAAGUCCUGUGAUAUUGCAGCAUGCAAGAGCUUUUCCGUGCUCAAAAUUUGCAGAGAUAUUCAGAACUGUCAAAUACAUAAGAGACGAAUUCCAAAAGAUAAAGAGAAAUUUCCGAAGAGUAGUUGCAGAUACAACAAGAACAGGUUCUGGUGACCCUCCUUCUCAAGAAAGAUAUCCACUUUAUGAUGACAUGAAGAAUAUAACCUUGUGUGAUCCAAGCUUUUGGCUGCCUGCCCUUCACAAGUUAGAUGCUAUUGUCAAUGGUGCUUUAGGAAAUCUGAUGGAAUAUAAUAUCAAUGAGAAUGGAACAUCAUACACAGUUACUGCCAUUGAGACAGCCGAAAUGAUACCAAUAGAAGCAAUAGAAUACUGCAAAAGGAGGAUGGAUUUGGUUAAAUUUUAUUUUUUGAAUUUUGACAAAAUUUGA